AUGACUUCGGCCAGAAUCAGGGUGGUUUCUCACCCAAGGGGUAAGUCCAUCCAUCUCGCCAUCAGCCGAGUGGCUAAGGAACUCUACGAUGCUCUUGCUGAAGCGUCCGGUUUAUCCAUCUAUCGUUUGAGGGUCACCAAAGGAAGCGACUGGACCUUGGUUCCUAAUUCCAAGAAGAUUACCAUAAAGGAGGUCGGAAUUGAGAAUCAGAGUUUGAUUCAUGUCAAGGACCUUGGCCCCCAGAUCUCGUGGCGCACCGUGUUCAUCGCCGAAUACCUCGGCCCAAUCUUGAUCCCGGGGCUUUUCCUCUUCCCACUACGCCCGUAUCUGUACUACAACUACGAUACUAUCACCGAACCGAGCGGCCUUCAGCUGCUGCUCUGUGCGCUGUUGACAAUCCACUUCGUGAAACGAGAGUAUGAGUCCAUCUUCGUCCACCGAUUCAGCCUUGCACUAUUUGCCUUUGGAGAACUGGCGAACUUGAACACCCACCUUGUGCUUCGGGAUCUUCGCCGUCCAGACACUACUGAGCGUGGUGUACCACACGGAUUUGGAUUUGGUGUUGUGACCUGCCCGAACUAUUUAUUUGAGAUUAUCUCUUGGAUGGGAAUUUAUCUGGUUAGUGGGCUGAGCUGGAGCAUUCUCAUUUUCAUCAUUAUUGGAAGUGUACAAAUGGGGCUCUGGGCUAAGAAGAAGGAGCGCCGCUACCGUGAGGAAUUCGGGGGCAAAUACAAGGUUAAGAGGUUUGUUAUGCUUCCUGGUAUUGUUUAA